AUGGACACAUCUGCCAUUCGCACCAAAACCUCAGCUAUUGUCUCCGAUUUGUUGACUCAGUCACCCACUGAAGAAGACAAGAGUAACUUGAAAGCCUUCCAGAUACUUCACAAUGCAUAUCUCAGUGGUAUUGAUUCUCAAAAGAAAGGAAUAGAAUGGGACAAGGUAGAAGCACUUCCUGCUGAGUGUCAAGUCGACUAUUUUGCUCUUGACAAAAACAUCCCACGUGAAGAAACUAUCAAUUUACUUAAGAAACUCUGUUUAGUAAAAAUCAAUGGAGGACUUGGCACGACAAUGGGAUGUACUGGUCCUAAAGGUGUUAUAGAAGUCCGAAAUGGGCAAAACUUCUUAGAUAUUACAGUGACUCAAUUGAAGGCUAUAACAAAGGAAUACGGAGUUGUUGUACCUUUAGUGUUAAUGAACUCAUUCUCUACACAAGUUGACACGGAGAACGCACUGAAGAAGUAUAGUAAUGAUAAAGAUGUCAAAAUCCUUACCUUCCUUCAACAUAAGUUCCCACGAAUUGAUGCAGACACUCUCCUCCCCGUCACUACUCACCUCAAUGGAAGAAAAGAAGAAUGGUACCCACCAGGACAUGGCGACUUUUUGCAGUCCUUUGUCGACUCUGCUGCGUUCAAAGAGCUUGAAAAAGGUGGCAUUGAAUAUGUCUAUCUUUCGAAUGUCGAUAAUUUGGGUGCUACACUCGACACGUCGAUUCUGAGUUAUUUCUAUAAGAAUGACAUGGACUUCUCUGUCGAACUCACACCAAAGACUCUGAAUGAUGUCAAAGGAGGGACUUUGAUUAAAUAUGAACAGAAAUUGAAGUUACUUGAGAUCGCACAAGUCCCAAAAGAGAAGAUUGAGGAAUUCCAGGAUAUUAAAAAGUUCAAAGUAUUUAACACGAACAACAUAUGGAUGAAAAUGGCGAGUGUAAAGAGUGUUGUGGAGAAGGAAACGUUGUUAAACAAUAUGGACAUCAUCGUUAAUAGAAAGAUGGAUGGAGAAAGAAAGGUAAUACAACUUGAAAUAGCAGUCGGAUGUGCUAUUUCGGCAUUCGAAAAGACUUCCGCAGUCAUCGUCCCACGCCGUAGAUUCCUUCCAGUCAAGUCGUGUUCGGACUUAUUUGUCGUUCAAAGCACUGUUUUCAAUUUGGACAAGAUGGGUCAUAUUGUCGAUGGUGCGCGAAAGGUAGAUGAGAUGCCACCACCUAUUAAAUUGUCUAAGGAGUAUCAACAUGUCGGAGAUUACGCUGCACGACUCAAACAUAUUCCAAACAUUGAAGAACUGAAGAAACUCGAUGUGGAAGGCGAUGUCCUGUUUGGCGAAGGAGUCGUUUUGAAAGGAGAGAUCACAAUCAAAAACGCAACAGGAAAGCAAGUAGUUGUGGAACAUAAAACUCUUGAAAACGAAACUAUUACUUUCUAA